ACUCGUCACGACCAUGACCCAUCCCCAACCAACACCAGUGUGUCUUAGCUACACCCCACACCAAUGGACACCCUCGCCCUCUCCCUAGGACUCACCGCCCUCCCGCCACACCUCCCCACCCUCCUCGUAUCCCUCGCCUCCUUCACCCUCGUCCACCUCGUCCUCGCGCCUCUCGCUAGCCACGCCUUCUUCCCGGAUACAUACGGCAAGAUGGGGAAGAGGGCGAGGAACAAUUGGUGCAUACACGUCGUGUCUCAAGUGCACGUCUCGCUGGUCAUCCCGCUCGCGCUGGGGUGUCUGAACCUCGAGACUCUGGAUAGAGAUCGGGCGUUUGGGUGGGACGAGGGUAGGGUGGGGAGGUUGAUUGCUAUUUCUUGUGGGUAUUUCAUAUGGGAUACUGUCGAUGCGAUCGUCAAUUUUGUGGAUAUCGGAUUUGUCGUACAUGGCCUAGCGUGUUUGGCGAUUUAUCUUGGGUCGUUCAAGCCGUUCUUGGCGUACUACGCUGCGCGGUGUCUUCUCUGGGAAGCGAGCACAUUCUUCCUCAACAUACAUUGGUUCCUCGACAAGACCAACCGCACUGGGAGCAACUUUCAGCUUAUUAACGGCCUCCUCCUCCUCGUGACGUUCUUUGUCGUGAGGCUCGUGUAUGGAGGGAUGUACGUCUCAUACCAGUUCGCGCAUACGCUAUACCAAGUACGGCAUCAAGUACCGCUUGCUUAUAUCUUCAUUUAUGGAGGAGGAAACGUUGUCUUGCAGGGACUUAAUUGGUUAUGGUUCGGGAAGAUGAUUGCGGCUAUUCGGAAACGAUUUUCUGAGGAUACGGACAAGAAUACUAGUAAUGGGACCGUGCCAAAGUAGAACGGACGCUUGGAUACAGCAACAUACUAUGCAAUAAACAGAUUUUUAAGGGAGAAGAGACGGUGCAUUUCUCAAGCCGGAGAGAUUUCAAAAGUGCACUGGAUUUUCCAACACGGCAGUAACGCUCCCAUUAACGUAUUGCCUAACGUCGGAUGGCCGUCUGUAACAAGCUUGCGCUUGGUGUCCCUCUGAGAUGACCAUGCCCAAAACAGCUCAAAGUAAUGGGAACAUCUGUCGGGCCCAGCGUAAGCAACAGAUUACCAUCCAGUUCGAUUCUGGAUUCCUACGAUAGAGGGCCUUGGAUCCUAGGUGUGCUAUUUUGAAAGAGGUUCAUUUUUGUAUGCGAAUUUUAC